AUGACAUCACCAACGCCGACAGUUCAAAAGAAGUCUAAAAAGUCAAAAACCACUGAUCCUACUGUAAAACUUCCGAAAGCGAAAUUUAAUGUGCCGGACGAAGAGACAGGAGAGAAGCAAGGGGAAAUUGCAGCAAAGCCAGCCAAUGAAGAGGGAAAUGCACCCCCGGAAAUGACGCCAGCAGCAAUUGAAGCACUAGAAAGAAUGUUUGGAAAAGUUCCUGACCAGAACAAGCCUAGAGGUUCAAAUUUUGGAAAACUGGCUCAAGAUUUUACAUUCCCGCCAAGGGCUAAGUCUUCCCCAAAUAAUUCUUCGAACACUAGUAACAGUGCUACGGCUUCAACAUCAAAAAACAGCGGGGACAAUAAAGAGAUAGACCAAGAUGACCUCGAUAAAAAAGAACGUGCUCGCCGUCGAAAGAGUAAUUUAAAUCCCCUUGCACCACCAUUCAAUUUCUCUGCUAGCACGUCAGUAGAUGCUAAUAAGUCAACUGACGCGUCGGAACAAAAACAUGACGAUGAUAGGAAAAAGAAGAAUGCAAAAAAAGAAAAGUUGAACCAUGAGAUGAAUGGCGACACAGAUUUACCUUAUCCAAAGAAAAAACGUCGUCCGAGCCAACAACUUAUUACGUCAGAGGCUGCUCGGCAAAUUGAAGUUCCAUAUGGAUACGCUCCAAACGGAUAUGAACCUAACGCAUAUUACAUGCAUGGGCCACCUACGCCUUAUCUACCCAAUCAUGUUGAGGGAACGACUAUGCCUAACUGGGAAGAGUUUCAAACCAAGAUGGCUGCAGAGGUUACCAGUAGAAUAGGAUCAGAAUUUCAAAAAGGUGUCGAUACACUUACAUCCGAGAUUAAAAAUAUGUUGGUAGAGCAUAUAUCCGAAGAUUAUGGGGUAAGCGGAAAGAAGAAUGAUGAGGGAACUACACUACGAAAAUUGCAAGACCAGAUUCUUCAAGAAUUACGAAAUAAUCAUAAGGAAAUACGUACCUCGUACGAUCAACUGAUGCACAAGCAUGAGGAAAUGCAAAACCGUCAUCUUGAUCAAGUUUCUUCUUUUCAGACAGCCCAAGACGGUGAUAUUCAAAAUUCCAUGUCUCAGCGUCAUGCAGAACUUCAAACCAUGCAUAAUAGCUUGAAGACUGAACUUAAAACUGGUCUUAAAGAAAUACAUAACGAAUACCUAAAGAUGCUGGAUCGGCAACAGCAACUAAAUAAUGACAUCAAGAAUUCACAAGUUCUUCAGAGUCGCCUUACUGAAUUAGAAUCCGAACUUAAUCGGUUGCACAUUAAAAAUACACACUUAACAUCCGAGAAUUCAAGACUUCUUGAAGAAACGAAUAUUGCUAAGAUGAAAGAACGUCAAUACGAUGAAGGAAAACGUCAACAAGAAACCUUGAUUUCCGAAUUACAAACAGAGAUAUCUAAUCAUAAAGACAAAGCUUCUCGUGCUGGUAAGGAGCUUGAACUUAUACGAAGUACGGUGAGGUCGCUUGAGGCACAAAAGGCUGCACACGAAAGCCAUAAUGGAAGUUUGGAAAACAAAAUACGUAAUCUUGAAGUACAAAUACGUAAUCUACAAAAUGAUAAUAGUAGUAUUUUUGAGGAAAAUCAGGCAUUACAACAACAGCAAGACAUAUGGCGUAAAACGGAAAAAUCUAUGCAAUCUGAUAUUAGCGAACUUAAUAUUAAGCUUCUUAAAGUAGAUUCAGAAUUCAACGAAUUGAAACGUAAAAUUAUUGAGGAUCAGAAUUCUUUUAAAACUAAAGAAGAAAACUUACGAGAACAAUUGAAAGAAGCUAAUCAGCAAGUGCUCGAUCUUCGUUCAGAUCAACGUCGAUUAAAAGAACUCGAAAACGAAAUAAAAACUCUUAAAAGUAGUGAGUCAGGGCAGUUAAAGUCCAAAAAUAAGGAAAUUGAUGGUUUGAACGAGCAACUAGCUCUUCGCAACCAGAGAGUUACUGAACUUGAGAAGGUCCGGACCGAACUACAACAAUCCAAGCAGAUCUCUGAGAACCAAUUGUUUGAACUUCGAGAAAAACAUAAAGCUCUUGAGGAUGAUAUGCGUAAAGAACUUGAAAAUCAAGUCCUAAAAAUAAAGGAGUAUGAAAAACAGAUAGUUGAAUUAGAAUCACUUCGACGUAGGUCUCUCGAAUACGAAGAUCAAUUGGCAGAACUAAAGAAUCUUCGUGAAGAACUCGAGAAUCUCAAGCAAAGAGUAAAGGGCAUGGAUGAUAUUGAAGCUCAGAAUCUUGAAAAGAUUGAAGAAUUGUCUAAACUUCGCAUAAGAGUUCAACAAUUGGAAAACGCAGAAAAUGAUCUUGAAUAUGUUCGUAAACAAUUGGAAAACGCAGAAAAAGAUCUUGAAUAUGUUCGUAGAGAAAAUAAAGACUUAUUUAAUCGUCUAGAAAUAUUAGAAGCAGAAAAGAAAAAGCAGUUAGAAAAUAAUCAUUCACAAAAGAACGCGAAUGCUACGUCAAACACACAUUCAUAUGGAGGACGCGAACCUAGAAUGAAUGGUGUUAUUACAGAAGAUCGAAUCAUCUCAAGGGAUCAUAAACCCUUAUAUAGCAAUAACAAUCAACCUAACGGGAAUUUAGAGCAAAUUCAUUAUUCCAAUAUGAAGCCGCCUACCGAAUACAAUUCUCAACAGACAUUCAGUCAGUCACCUGCUAUUGGUAGUAUUAAUUUAACGCAACAGACAACACAAUCCAUGCCACACAUGAUGAAUGGAGCUGCACAACAAUCAUCUCAUCAAACAUAUAUUCCUCAAACACCAAAUUCAGCAGUACCACCACCACCACAACACAUACAACCCACAUAUUUAUCACAUAAUGGACCACCACCUUCACAACAACUCCAACCAUAUGUUCCUUCGCACUCAUCUGUACCUAUUCAUUCAAAUACUCCCGUUUCAUCACAAAAAGUGCAACAAAAACAGGAUAAAUUGCAACAACAGCAACCUCCACUUCCGCAAUUGGUGCAAUCGCAACAAACACAGUCUAACCAAGGGCAAUCUACCGUGAAACAAGAAAAAAAGUCUCAUAGUCGUCAAAGUUCUCGCUCAAACAAUAUUGGAGGUAGUGGAAAGAAGCAACGCUCUCAGAAUGCAAAGAAAAAAGAUCGAAAUAGGAGAAAUUCUACGGCUGACAAUACGGACAAUCCCUGGAACAAAGGCGAAUUAAAUAAUGAGGAGUGCUAA